AAGCAAGGAGUGUCCUUUAGAAACGCAGGCAUUUUCGACUGAUUAUUUCUUUCUUGGUUUCCUAUCAUUCCAAAAAAACACCACAAAUUUCCCAUUUUCUUCGUAUCCUCAGCUCCCUCAAAAACCAACUCUCACUUCCAUUCUCCUUCAUUUUUGAGAUCCCAAACAAAUCAAAACAACCGGCAAUGGCAAUCUCCGAUGAAUUCAGCCAAUCUCUCAUUCCCAGUUUCCUCUACUCCUCAACUAAACCUCUCUCCGGUUACGACAAGUCUUCGAUGAACGCCAAUCACCAUAAUGUGAUGCCUCGAUCACCGUCUGUUUCGCCAUCAUCGUCAACCAAGUACUUGGCUUGUGAUGCAGGGGUCAAUUCGGGUAGGAUUUUGAUACCCGCUCCGAAGGAGAAGAUCCAGAUGUACUCUCCCGCCUUUUAUGGAGCGUGCACAAUGGGUGGAAUAUUAAGCUGCGGCCUUACUCACACCGCUGUCACGCCUCUCGAUCUUGUCAAGUGUAAUAUGCAGAUUGACCCAGUAAAAUACAAGAGCAUCUCAUCUGGGUUUGGAGUUUUGCUGAGGGAGCAAGGUGUUAAAGGUUUAUCCAAGGGUUGGGUGCCCACUCUGCUAGGUUACAGUGCUCAGGGUGCUUGCAAAUUCGGUUUCUACGAAUUCUUCAAGAAGUACUAUUCCGACCUCGCUGGUCCUGAAUAUGCCUCAAAGUACAAGACCCUGAUUUAUCUUGCCGGUUCGGCAUCGGCUGAAGUCAUUGCUGAUGUUGCUCUCUGCCCCAUGGAGGCUGUCAAAGUUCGUGUGCAAACUCAGCCUGGAUUUGCCCGAGGCUUAUCGGAUGGAUUACCAAAAUUCUUGCAGGCUGAAGGCUUUGGAGGGUUGUUCAAAGGAAUUGUUCCUCUCUGGGGCCGACAGAUUCCUUAUACAAUGAUGAAAUUUGCAUCUUUUGAGACAAUCGUUGAGUUACUCUACAAGCAUGCCAUCCCCACCCCGAAAGAUAAGUGCAGUAAACCUUUGCAACUUGGGGUUAGCUUUGCUGGUGGAUACAUUGCUGGUGUUUUCUGUGCAAUUGUAUCACACCCUGCUGAUAAUCUGGUCUCUUUUCUCAACAAUGCUAAGGGAGCAACAGUCGGUGAUGCAGUGAAGAAGAUGGGACUGUGGGGUCUUUUCACCCGAGGACUUCCUCUUCGUAUUGUCAUGAUUGGAACCCUUACUGGAGCACAAUGGGGAAUCUAUGAUGCUUUCAAAGUCUUUGUUGGGCUCCCAACCACUGGCGGUGGCGCUCUCACUCCUCCGCCUGCAGAGAAAUGAAAAAAGACUGGCUCCUGUAGAACACAAUGCCAACUUUUGUUAAUUCAUGUGUGAAUUUUGUAAGGGGGUGAUUCUCCUUAUUGAGAGAGCAAUAAUAUAAGGUUGAUGUCCACCAAUGGCGAUUUUGAGGGUAUGGAUUUUGUUCUUGUUCUUAUUUUUGG